CAUGAGAAGUCGUUGUCGGCUUUCAAUCUGCUCACUUAUCCCUCAGCUCAAUCAGGUGAGUUAAGCGGAAGCACUGCAAGCUUGAAUACUGCAAAAAGAAUAGGCCCAUCGCCUGAACUAACCUGCCGUCUAGCCUCGGAUCAUUCAAGCCUCAAUAAGUCAUUACGAAGUACCAUCAUUGCUAGUCACUCCAGCCUUCAAAGGCCCCUUGACAAGAACAUACUUGAGAGACAGUCGGCAACAGACGGGUCCAUUCUUGCAGGAAUUUCUGCUCACAUCGGCACAAAAACGGUGUACAAUCAGUUCAAGUUGAAGCAAACACGACUGCACCAAAGCCGACGCAAAGUACCGAUGUUCAGGUCGUCAGAGGUCGGCUCAGGCGAGCACACG